GAUUAGUAAUGAUGUACACUGAGGACAACAUCUGUAUUUGGGUUUGGGUGGAGUCCUUUCAUGGUAGAAGAGUUGGUAAUACUUUUGCAGCACCUUUCAUCAGAGGAUUUCAGAGUUUCACAAAUAUCUAAUUACAGAAACUAUUAAAUUAUGUGAAAUCCUUGGUCCUGGGGGAGUACAGGCAGCACCAUUAUGCUUCGAUAUAAAGCAGGGGUGGGUGGUGUUCAAAGUGGCAAAACAAAAGCAAAUUUUUCACAUGCAAGCCAUAACCUGCUGCGUUAUCUCAUUUUCAUCCAGUAUUUUAUUCUUCUCAUUUCUUUAUACUAGCAGCCAGGUUGCAACAUCAAACCAGCUAAACAAAAUGGGCUGGUACAAGCCUCCAUUCAGAACUGCUGUCUGCUCUGAAGAAGAGACUUUUGGAAGUUCACUGACCUCUUACUGAUCUGUUUCUGUAGUGUUUGAUUUUCAUCAUUCUGUUAAGGAGUAGCAGGGCUGUAGCAAGGGUCAGGUGCCAAAGAUGCUGAUAAGGACAGCUUCCUGAAUACAGGAAAUCUGGGAUGAAAUGCCUCCAAAAGUCCAACCUGAUUCAAAUCCCAGAAAGUUGGUUGCUCAGUCUUUCCAAGAGGCGUGUGCCUGCUCUGUACUGUACUUAAUUUGGGAUAAGCAACGAGAGAUCUAAUCCACUUGUUCUACCUAAAUCCAGCCCUCUCCUGGUAUUAGUUAGUCAAUAUCCACUGUUUUGAAUGACUAUUUAAGUUUCUAUUAAAGGGAUUAUUUUUUUUCUGGAUUUGACUUGAAAUGUGGAGCCUUUACUGUUAGGAUUGAGGCUUGGAGCCCAGGCUGCCCAUCCUCUUGUCUUUCUGCCUCUUUUAUAGAUCUGCAUGUGUGGGCAGUUCAGGUGAAUCUGAGACCUCACUAUUUGAAUACAAGGGCCCCAAGGAGUUGCUCAUCAGGACUAACUUUAAAUGCAAGCUUAGCAGGCUGAACACUUUGAUUUGCCUCUAAAAUCAACAGUAACUUAUUCCAGGUUUCCUCGGUGAAACUUGAAUGGGGAAGAAGAAAGGAUGUCUGCAAAGCAGAUUUAUUUGGAAAAAUAAACUGCCCACUGGUUGGGACCCUGUGACAACAAACCCAGUGCUUAGUUUUGUCUCUGGCUACAGUAUCUGUGAUACUUUUUUCUGCUUUCUCCCAUACCCUCCCUGCUGUGCCCUCAUGGUCUCUCCUUAUGUGUAGGCAGUAAAGUAAAAUUUACAAGCAUCCUGCUCUCUGAAAUCCUGGCAAAGGUGGAGUCUUGGAAAUUUCCCUUUGCAGAGUGCACAAGAGGAGACUAAUCCUGGAACAACGAGGUGUAUUAUUCCUGUGGUGCAGUGGUGGAAUCAAUGGAAAGAGGCCUGAUUUUAUCACCAGGUUUUCCAAACAACUACUACCCAGGGACACACUGUGUUUGGCAAUUUUUCAUUCCCAUAAGAACGCAUCUUAUCUUGGAAAUUUUUGACUUCGACAUUUUUGAGAGCUCUAGUGAAACUCCAACCCCCUGGGAUGGCCUUUCUGCCUCCACUAAAACAGGAAAUAAGGACAUGCCUUCUCUUGAGGAUAACCUGGACUUUGUUCUCCAUACUACAAAACCUUCUGUCCAGACCUGGAUGUCGAAGGUGGCUCAGAAUCUGAGCACAGGAGAUCAGUCAAAGGACCUUGCUAGUCACCUGGAUGAACUUCCAGGAACUGCCUCAAAAAAAGAUGAAGCCAAACAAGCAUUUGAAGAAAACCAAUCGAAGCAGAUAAAGGAACCCAAAGUGAUUACCAAGGCUCAACCAGAACAGCCAUUCCCUGUGUCUGGUAGUGCCACAAUGUGGAGGCAAAAUACCAGUGGCAUGGAAAGAGGAGAUUCGAAAGGGAAAGUUGUACUUGCCCACCUAGCUGCUAGUGAGAGAGAUGAAGUUAUGGUAGAGAGCUGGAGUCUUCCCACAACAGUAUUGCCUGUGGAAAUCUCUUCCAGCCCGCAGUCAGCAGUGGAUGUCUGUCCCCAUGAUGUACUAUAUGUUUCCGAUCUCAUCACAUUUUCUUCUCGCUUCUGUGGACCAAAUUCACCUUUAAACAAGACCAUGAUCUUUGGUUCAUCUCUGGAAAUGGUUGAAGUUAUCAUGGAACUGAUCACCACCACAGACCGGGGCCGAGGCUUUGCAAUGCUCUUCGAAUACAAGAACAUCACUGAACCUAACACUGUAGAUGCUGUGACGCAGGAGAGAAAGGAAAACGUGAUGAUGCUGGCAAUUGUAACAGGGAUCGUCUUCUUUGCACUUGCUUUGCUCUCUGCCCUCUGCAUAGCUUGCAGGCAGAGAACGUGCCCCAAAAGGAGCUCAUCCAACGCAUGCAGUGACCAGGAGAACGGGAUCCAGAACUCCGCUGUUGAUAUCAAUGAGCUCCAGCUGGUGGUGCCAAGUCGGGAGAAUGAAAACAACAACCACUCUGUCAGCCGGGAGCAGGCGGUCACUUCCUGCAGAGGCAGCACAGAACAGUCUCCUCAGGACACUGACCCAGAUGUGCCCUCCUCCAUAUCCGCAGUGACCACUGAGACUGGGAGUGAUGAAGUGUUUAUUAUUUCUGCUGGACCUGGGGCCAGUGGGCUGAGCUUUACCACCUACAAAAUACAGGACAAAAACCUAAAAAGAAGUGUCACAAGCCCAGCCUCUGUAUCAGACUGGCUGACUUCUAAUCACACAGCUGCAGGAGCAGAUGCUGUUGAGAAGGGGAACACCCAGUUGGAAAAUCACUGUCCCAGACAACGCACGUGGAGUGCCCGCACUUUCCAUGAUUUCCUGGCCCCAAUACCACAGCUACAGAAAAAAUGGUGUAGCUGGACCACCAACAGUCCCUUCACAAAGCUGGUUGACAGCAGUGGUGUUCCUACAGCUGCAAGAUCCCAAGGUGUCCCAACCAGAAAGGUGAUCUCAGCUACUGAGAUAGAGGGAGCAUCUGAGACUGUUUACUCUGAUUCAUCUGCCAGUAACGCCUCAUACCCCCUCACUCUGUCUGCACAAAGGCAGCGGAAGUUAAGCUCCUGCAAUUUGAAGAAAUCUAGGUUUGGGAACCCUUAUUUUGGAUUUUUAGCCAGUUCCCCUGACAGCAAACAUGUGAGGUCCUUGGAUCCCUCAAGACAUCUAGGGGGAGCAUCUCCAGUUAACAGCCAAAGCCCCCAAAAUCUUCUAGAGAGCUCCAACCCACUGAAAAUCAACUUGGUCAAUUGUUCGAAAACAAAAGAGCUUGUGGUAGAAACAGAUAAAAACAAACCGGUUUUUGUUAUUUCUGAAGAAGGCGAUGAUCAGCAGCCUCUGGUCCUAGCAGAACAUCUUAGUCAAUGUGGAGAUCAUCUCUCAGAGCAAAAUGCUGUGUAUGCUCCAGCUGUGGCAGAUAAACAGCCGGUGGUUCUGACAGUUGAGGGGAAGAGUUCUGCCAGCUUCAUGUCAAAUCUUCCUCUUUGGGCAAAAUCUCCUAGUUUAUACAAAGGUCAUGUGAAGGCCUCUAGCUCUUCCAGGGACCAGCAGAGCUCAUCAGCUGUAGAUGCCAAUACUACUGAGACCUCACAGAACUGUGAUACCCUAGCUGCUGCUACAUUAUGCAAAACUUCAGUCCAGUGAUGCCCUCAGAAAUAUUGAAACAUCAGCUCACAAAAACAGAGGCAACAGGGACAUGCUCACAGUGGAAGCUCUGCCAAGUAGGUGAGCGUGGCAGUCAUAGAUGGGUGCAACUUUGUUAAGAGCGGCCUUUGCUUUCCACCCAUUGGGAUUGAGAUUACAAGGAUACAUACAUACCACAGCACAGCACAAACACCAUCUUCCCUUACGCUCACGAACCUCACCUCUCUUCUUCUGCAUGAAAUUUUGAUACGGUUUGUACAAGAAAGCAUCCUCAAAAAAGGUACUUCAGACUGCAGAAAACCUUUUCUGGAAUGAGAAAUGAAAGUCAUCUGAGACAGUUACAUCAUGGUUUAUAUCUGAAAUGUAAAUCAGUCCUCUGUUACUGUGGUAUCACUUGAAUAUUUCUGUUGGGAGCUAUGAGUUAAAUUCUGUUUAUAGCUAUGCCUGUACAAUCCAAGCCUUGCCAAGCCAAGGGUAAGAAUUCAAUCAUGCGUGUUUGCAUACAGUUUUGUAAACUUAAUUUUAAGCAUUUCAUAUCUUCCGCACUCUAGCACAAAGUUUACCGAGCAUUAACAUCUCUAAUAUUAAAGACCAUAAUUAUCUCAUAUCCUGACUCUUUAAAGAAGAGUACAGACAAGCUGAGCAACCUAAUACUGGAUGCUAGUUCUAUGAAAGUCUGAUGUAGCUUUAUCUUUGUUAGAUCUACACAGGCUUAAAACACCUCAGUCCACCACAUCUUGAAGUGAUUCCUCAUGGCAACAGGAGCAUGUGUACAAAAACACUGAAAUACUAGGAAUAGUCUUCAGCAUCCAACGCUUGGAUAUUUGCAGCUGCUCUGAUCCUAUUUCCACCAGCUAUUUAUUGCUGGUAACGCACAUUGACUAGAGAACUAUUUCCCUUCCUUCAGCAGGCAAGACUUAAAAGACAAAAUUAUGUGGGGCAUACUUUGAGUGCUCACUUUCCUUAGAAAUGAACUACUAAGUGGCUGUACCUCCCAGAUUACACAUCCAGGGCAUUCAAUGGAACACUGAACCAAAAGGAAUCCUUCCUAUUGCCUUUAAUAAUCCCAUCAGUAUUUUAAUUGCCUCCUGGUGAUAUUUUCCUAUCUUCACAGGAGACUCCUGCAUGUUCAGCCCACAACUGAGAAUUUUUUUGCUUUCUUAAAUGAAAGAAGUUCCCUGUAAAUCUAUAUUUUUCAUCUGACAUGGCACACUGUUUUAAAGCAAUCAUAUAUCAUAGAACAGGUGUCAGAAAGAAAUCUUCUGUAUAAGUCUUCCCCUAUGUUAGCUACAGUGUGCACUGAGUUAUCUUAAUCCUUCUAUGUGAAGGCAUUUAAGUCUAAUUCCUGAAAUAUUUAACUGCAUUAUUUAUGAUUUCACCUGCUACUACAGCUUCCAUUUGCCAUCUGUUAAUGUCUGAGAUAUGCAACACAAGAUUUUAGGUUUUGCCUUAUAUUUUGUGUGAAUGUUUACAUGUCUACGUAGACAUAGAAGCCUUGCAUCUAGUAGCAGUGGAAGCAAAAACAUAUAUGCCCUUUAGCAAUUGACUCAAACACAAACAACAAACAAGCCUCUACUUUUGCUAUUACCACACUGGGUUGAAUAGUUUUGAAGCACAAAAGUCUGGCUCCAAGUUGAGUUUUUUUUGCUGUUGUUUUUUUGGUUUGUUUUUUGUUGUUGUUGUUGGUGUUCUUUUUAAAUUAAUGCUACAUGAUUCAAAGGGAAGAGUUAAUAUAUUUAUGAUUUAAGAAAUAUUUAGAAGCCUUCAGUGCUCUAAUAAUAACUUCCACCGCAUUAAAUUCAUAUACUUUGUAAUUCAGAGUCAAUGUUCUGUUACCUAUUACAUUUCUAAAGACUGAAGUACUAAAAUCUACUUCUGAAAAGUACUUGUGUUCAGUUAUUGACAAUAGCUACAUUUGAAGGGCUGGAAAAAGUGGCUUUUUCAAUAAACAUGUGUUUAACUACUCAUUUCUACAA